AUUAAGUCCGCAGAUUCACGGGAUUUACUAAAUCCCGGAUUUACGGUGAAUCGGCGUCAUUUUAGGGUUUACCAAAUCUCAGGAUUUACGGAGAGGCAUUUUUCUGUUUGGCAGGAUUUAGCCUAAACAUCCCCUUUAAGAGUUGCGAGUGGACUCGCAUGCUUUAUAAACUCCGGCAUCGUGGGCUGAAAACCUAACCAAAGGCAAAAUACUGCGGCGGGAGGAUCACUCUGCAGAAGAACAAUAUAGCCGACGGCAAUGACGUUCAAGCGCAGAAAUGGUGGCCGCAACAAGCACGGCCGCGGCCACGUCAACUUUAUUCGCUGUUCCAACUGUGGAAAAUGCUGCCCCAAGGAUAAAGCUAUCAAGAGGUUUCUGGUGAGGAAUAUCGUGGAGCAAGCUGCCGUGAGGGAUGUGCAGGAGGCCUGUGUCUAUGAAAAUUAUACCCUUCCAAAGCUCUACGCUAAGGUCCAGUACUGUGUUUCCUGCGCUAUUCACUCUCAUGUUGUACGGGUUCGAUCCCGCACUGCCAGGAGGGUUCGUGAGCCUCCACAGAGGUUCAGACGCAGGGAGGAAAUUGGAAGACCUGCUCAAGGAGGGCCACCUCGCCCUGGUGCUGCUGGUGCCGCUCCUGUUCGCCCAUGAGCUGGUGGUCCUCGUUUCAGCAAUUUAUCCGGUUUUAAUUUUCAAGUUAUGUUUCAUGCUUCUAUGUCUUGAACCGCAACACUUUUGUAUCCUCAAAUGUUGAAUUUAAGUAUACUGUGGUUUUUUCUUGGACUUA